AUGGACGAACCAACUGACCCUAGGCUUAAAAGCCCUGCUAUAUUCCAAAACCCUAGUAAAACAACUGAGGAGGAAAGUGGACCCAAAUAUAAAUCAAGUAACCUAAAAGAGAAAGGGGAAAAGGAAGGCGAGACAGAGGAAAAAGAAGCACCAUACGUACCUCCACCAACAUAUAAACCACAUAUCCCGUACCCUCAAAGAACCGAAAAAUCUAAAAGCAUAGGGCAGUUUAAGAAAUUUGUAGAACUUCUUAAACAAUUGAACAUUACAAUUCCUUUUAUAGAAGCUAUUACACAAAUACCCUCAUAUGCUAAAUUCCUAAAAGAAAUCCUAUCGAAUAGGAAAAAAAUAGAAGACAGUGAGACCGUAACUCUCACUGCCGAAUGUAGUGCGAUAAUUCAAAAUAAAAUGCCACCUAAGCUAAAAGACCCAAGGAGUUUCUCCAUACCUUGCAAUAUAGGAAAAUUUGUCAUAGACAAAGCUCUGUGCGACUUAGGAGCUAGUAUUAGCCUAAUGCCUUUGUCCAUUUGUGAGAAACUUAACAUGGUAGACCUGAGACCAACCAAAAUGUCAGUACAACUUGCAGACCGUUUUGUCAAGUAUCCUGUAGGUGUUCUUGAAAAUGUACCCGUCCGCAUCGGACAAUUUUACAUACUUACGGAUUUCAUAAUUAUGGACAUAAAGGAAGACGUCAAUACCCCUAUAAUCUUAGGAAGACCGUUUCUGGCUACCGCUGGAGCUAUUAUAGACGUCAAGAAAGGCAAGUUGACAUUCGCAGUAGGUGAGGAGAAGGUCAAAUUUAUCCUAACACAAUUCCUUCAAGCCCCAGCCAUAGAAGAUACAUGCUAUCUAGUGGACGUUAUUGAUGGAUGUGUAAGAGAGAUAGGAUUAUCAAAAGAAUCUUACUUUGAAGUUAUAAAAAUUCCGAUGCCCCUGAUUUUGGAAGAUGAUAAUUGGCGUCUGGAAUGUCGAGAUGAUAGCUUAAGCGAAUGCUUAGCUUUAACACCCAACCCUAUGCCUUACCCUAAGAAACCAACCUUGGACCUUAAGCCAUUACCCAAGACUCUUAGAUAUGAAUUCCUGGACAAUGAGCUCAAAAGACCAGUAAUAGUCAACGCAGAGUUAGGAGGAACAGAAACUGAAAAAAUGUUACAAGUGUUAAGAAAAUACCCAUCUGCGUUAGGAUAUAACAUUUUUUAUCUGAAAUGGAUAAGUCCUUCCAUAUGUAUGCAUCGCAUCAUGUUGGAAGAAGAUUGCAAAACCUCUAGGGAACAUCAAAGGAGGAUUAACCCUAUCCUGAGCACAGUAGUUAAAGAUGAAGUCACCAAACUUCUAAAUGCAGGAAUUAUAUAUCCAAUCUUUGAUAGUCAGUGGAGAUGCAUGAUGUCAAUUUUCGAUGACUACAUAGACAACAUCAUGGGAGUCUUUAUGGACGACUUCUCUGUGUGUGGGGGGGAUUUCGAAGGAUGUCUUUCAAAUCUAGGAAAAGUAUUGGACAGAUGUGUACAAGUUAACCUCGUCCUAAACUGGGAGAAGUGUCACUUUAUGGUUAAACAGGGGAUUGUACUUGGACAUGUCGUCUCCGAAAGAGGGAUUGAAGUCGAUAAGGCAAAAAUCGAAGUAAUAGAGAACCUCCAACCCCCAAAAACAGUUAGAGAAAUACGGAGCUUCUUAGGACACACAGGUUUCUACAAAAGAUUUAUAAAGGACUUUUCUAAGAUCUCUAAACCUCUGACCAACCUCUUAAUGAGAGACGUCGAGUUUAAUUUCAACAAUGAAUGUUUAGAAGCCUUUGAAGUACUAAAGACAGCCCUCAUAUCUGCACCCAUAAUGCAACCACCCGACUGGAAUUUACCAUUUGAAAUUAUAUGCGAUGCAAGUGACUAUGCCGUAGGAGCAGUCUUAGGCCAAAGGAAAGAUAAGAAACUCCAUGCAGUAUACUACACAAGUAGGACCCUAGACCCUGCGCAAAUGAAUUUUACCACAACCGAAAAGGAACUCUUGGUCGUGGUCUUCGCGUUAGAUAAGUUUCGUUCCUAUUUGAUAGGAGCAAAGAUAAUAGUUUACACCGAACACGCAACCAUUAGGUAUCUACUAGCUAAACAAGAUGUAAAACCGAGACUAUUAAGGUGGAUCCUACUGUUACAACAAUUUGAUUUAGAAAUCAAAGAUAAAAAGGGAGCCGAGAACGUAGUAGCCGGCCAUUUAUCUAGGAUGGAAGGUAUUAAACCUGAAGAAACACCAAUUAACGAUGAUUUCCCUUAUGAAUGCUUAAUAGCACAUUAG